AAAGGGGCUCGGGGAGGCGCUGAGGAGCCGCCGCAGUUGCUCGCCCCCUGCGCCCCGGGGAGCCCGGAGGCGGCCGCGCCGGCAGAGGAGCCUCACCACCUCGGUACGUCCUGCAGGAAGUUAAGGACAGAGCAAGCAAACACCAUGUCUUCAGUUUCAGCUUAUUACAAUGGAAAGACUGUACUUAUCACGGGAGCUACAGGUUUUAUGGGCAAAGUACUGGUGGAAAAGCUUCUGCGCUCCAGCCCUGAGGUGAAAGCAGUUUAUAUACUUGUUAGGCCAAAGGCGGGACAAUCAAUGCAAGAAAGAGUGGCCAACAUGUUGAAAUGCAAGGUCUUUGACAGGGUCCGAGAAGAUUGCCCUAAUUUCUACGAGAAGAUUAAGCCUAUUAAUGCUGAACUCACUCAGCCCAAGCUGGCCAUCAGUGCUGAAGAUGAGGAAGAGCUUCUAAGCCGGGUGAAUGUUGUCUUCCACUGUGCAGCAACAGUUCGCUUUGAUGAACCCCUGAAGCAUGCCGUGCAACUGAAUGUAAUGGGCACCCAACGUCUCCUAGAGCUGGCCCGGCAGAUGCAGAACCUCGAGGCCUUCGUUCACCUCUCUACCGCCUAUGCAAACUGUGUCCGGAAAUGCAUAGACGAAGUCAUCUACCCACCCCCAGCUGAACCCAAAAAGCUCUUCGAUUUAGUAGAGUGGUUGGAUGAAUCUAUCAUUCAAGACAUCACACCCAAGCUGAUUGGGGCCUGGCCCAACACUUACACCUACACCAAAGCCUUGUCAGAGUACCUGAUUCAGCAAGAGAAAGGAAAUUUGAACGUUGCUAUCAUCAGGCCAUCCAUCGUGGGAGCUAGCUGGCAUGAGCCUUUCCCAGGUUGGAUUGACAGCUUCAACGGGACAAGUGGAAUACUCAUUGCGGCAGGCAAAGGGAUUCUGCGGACUGUCAUUGCCAACAAUGAAGCUGUGGCAGACAUGAUUCCAGUAGAUGUUGCCAUCAACCUCACCCUUGCAGCUGGAUGGUACACUGCUGUGCACAGACCAAAAACCAUCUUGGUGUACAACUGCACAACGGGUGGAAUCAAUCCUUUCUUCUGGGGAGAAAUGGAGCAGUAUGUCAUGUCCACGUUCAAAAGGAACCCAUUGGAGCAGGCCUUCCGAACACCCAACGCUCACUUGACAUCUAACUACUUGAUAAACCAGUACUGGACAACUGUCAGUCACAAGGCACCGGCCAUACUCUAUGAUGUGUACAUGAGGCUCACGGGGAGAAAGCCCAGAAUGAUGAAGAUUAUCAAUCGACUGCAGAAGUCUAUGAUGCUCCUGCAGUAUUUCUCCACCCAGUCCUGGGACUGGUCUUCAGAUAAUAUGAAUAUGUUAAUGAGUCACCUUAACACAGAGGACAAAAAGGCUGAGGAACAUCCGAUACGCGUUCAACACCACUCUCCUUGUCAUCAUCUGGCGCAUUUUCAUUGCAAGGUCACAGAUGGCUCGAAACAUCUGGUACUUUGUGGUGAGCCUCUGCUACAAGUUUCUUUCCUACUUCAGGGCAUCCAGUACCCUCAGGCACUGAAGUCCGUCAGCAACCAGCCUCUUCCAGAAGGACUUCCAUCUCCUCUGAUCAGCAACUAUGGGCAUCGGGGUCUGAAAGUAGCAGAAAAAUCCACUCCCUCCAUGAGCAGCCUGCAUUUCUUGUGCACUGUUAUAUGCUCACCUUUUUAAUUUUAACUAAUGCUUUAAUACACGAUGGUCUUUCUUCCAUAGAACCAGGCCAAUUUUUAAAGCCAUAAUUGAAGCUUUAGGAACAGGUCAAGCUGGAACCGUUCAUCUAGAGUCUGAUGUGCAAGCAUUAACCAAAAUCAUCGUCCUCCCUUGUACUACCUAGGCUAUCUUAAUCACAUCUUCUUCCUCAAAAAAGGCACAUUUAAGGCAUACAACCUUGAAAGAAAAAAGAUGCCAUCACAGAAGAUCCAGCCAAGGAAAUUCAGCUGUAGGAGGUCUUCCUAAAGAUGUUAUUCCUUCAUUUUCAUUCAGUGAAACGGUACCUUGUUGAAAAAUGUAAUUUCAUAUUUCAAUUUUACAAAACUUAGAGGGAGGGGAAAAAAAUUAGUUACACUAGGCCAGUGAACACACUGACUAGUUUUCAGAUCUUGUCUUAUAUCGCUACUGAGGACUGAUACUUUCAAGCCAUAACUGAAGACACACAUACGAUUCAUGUACCUCUGUUAAUUUCACUCACUCACAAGCUGCUUUCUUAUGGAAAGGUGUUUUUUUCUCUCUGUGGUAAAGGUUGCAGUCUAUUAAAAUUCCCUUGUUUUGCAUUUAUCACAUUUGCUUGGAACAUUUGGUUUUGGCUUGAAAAAUGCUGUAUUUACUCUGAGAAUGAAGAGGAGACUUUUUAAAAGAUUGGAGAAGAAUUCAGAAACUCUUUAUUAUGUUUGAGGAAUAGGUUAUGUUUCCUACUUGAAUUUGUCUGCAGAAAACUUCUCUCCCUGUAGCUCAAAAGUAGCCUGAUACUGUCUUUCAUGCUUUCAUUACAGCUGAAUCACUUUGCAGUUGACCACUCCCACUGGCAAAGAAAGUGUAAAGACUUGUGUGAAGGAAAUGCUAUCAAUCAGGCCAGUCCUUCUGCCAUUCCUGUCAGUAGCAAUUAAAAAGUCUGAAAUUUGUUUUUGUUGAGACUAGGAAAGGUUUCAUUGACUUCUGUGUUAAAACAAUCACAUACUGUACAAGGAAUGCAUUUUGUCCUACACUGCAGUUUAGAAAGGAACCCAAGGGUUUUCCUAACUCUCACGGCUAUUGGAGGUACUUGUUUCACCUAGUUAAGUAUGCUGGGUGAGGAGAGAGAGAGAGAUCCUUCAACAUAGCAGCUGAUGCAACAAUGGCAGUAAUGCAACAGCCACAAUUUUAUCAUGCCACCAGAUUUUCAAAGUCAAAUCUCAUACGGGAUUUGUAUUUUCUUCAGAUAAAAUUGAAGAAGCACUUUGAGAUUAUCAGACUUUAUAAAGCAGCUAGGUUUUGAAACAAUGCAGCAUCCAAUUUCUUUAGUCUUGUGUCAUGCUAGCUAUCUGAAAAAGAAAUGCUACAUCACCAAAAACAAUUACACAGUUGCUCUUUUGAGAGCUGAGAACAGGAGAGUAUUUUAAAAGCUGACAUUCUUCAAAAAUUAUACUAGUUUUUGGCAGUGAAGGCAAGAGCAAGUUACGAUGACAGUAUAUUUAUAUCCGAGGCCUCCAAGCUAGUUCAAAAGACUUUCUAAAGGUACAAGGAAUUAAUCUUUCACCAUUUGCCCCAGGGGUCUAGUUCCAAGCAAAUGUCAAAGGAUGACUGCAGCAUAACCUGACCAGAAACAUGGUGUCCAGAAUGGUAGGGCUCUGGUAUUCCCUAGCAUCAGCCCCUGUGUGUAUCACACAUUACUUCUGAUCUAUUCUUAAAUAGGUCAAGAAACCAGCUGGUUUGCAAAGAUGCACAUUUUUUGAGCUCUUGCAUUGAAAACAUAUAUUUGCAAAAUGAAACCAUGGUAGCUGUUAGCAUGGUGUUAGCAUGUGUUUUCCAACUUUAGAAAGCUGGCAGUGCAUGCUGUGUAUUGCAUGUUAGCAGUGUCACUGUCGGGGAGACUAGGAGCUAUGGGUUUGAUGCUGGGGACCAGGUAUUCCAUAUACAGUGCUUCCAUAGCAGUGACCACAUCUGCAAUAUUAUGUCCAGUUCUGGGCCCCUCAGUUCAAGAAGGACAGGGAACUGCUGGAAAGAGUUCAGCCCAGGGCCACAAAGAUGAUUAAGGGAGUGCAGCAUCUCCCUUAUGAUGAAAGGCUGAGGGAGCUGGGGCUCUUCAGCUUAGAGGAGACUGAGGGGUGACCUCAUUAAUGUUUACAAGCAUGUAAAGGGUGAGUGUCAGGAGGAUGAAGCCAGGCUGUUCUCAGUGAUGUCCUAUGAUAGGACAGGGGGCAACAGGUACAAGCUGUAACAUAAAAGGUUCCAAAGAAACACAAGGAAGAAUUUCUUCACUUGUGAGGAUGAUGGAGCACUGGAACAGGCUGCCCAGAUGAAUUGUUGAGUCUCCUUCUCUGGAGACAUUCAAAACCCACCUGGACGGGUUCCUAUGUGACCUACUCUAGAUGGCCCUGCUCUGGCAGGAGGGUUGGACAAGAUGAUCUUUCAAGGUCCCUUCCAGCCCUUGAGAUUCCGUGAAAGAAACUCAUUUUCUAAUAAUAUUUUCUGUGUAUAUGGCAAAGGUUAGCUGCAUUAAUUAUACUUUGCUAACAUGGCUAUGCAGAGACUGUAGCUGCCUUGGCAGUGUGAGGCAGGUUGAUGUAGAGAUUUCUCUGUAAAGAGCUGCGUUCCCGCAAGUACAUCAGCCAGCUUCCAGUCUCCUUAUAGGAAAGGCUAUGAAACAAAACAAAACUGCAGAUUAUUUGGAAAAAAACUUCCAUUUUAAAAGUAGGAAAGAAUUUUAACUCAUAUCCUAAAAAUCUUUUUAAGUGCCUGCCUUAUGUACAAAGAGAGGCAACAGCUACAGGGAUCAUAAGUUUUGUGUUGUGCACAUAACAGACAAAAGCUUAAGUCUCACAGAAAAGUCAAAUACUGCAGACCUGCUACACCUACAACGUCUGGUCCACUCAGUCAGCUCCACUAUGAGUGAAGCAUCCUGCUUUCCCUUCGCUAGUGCUAGUCAUGCCAAGCAUCUCUUAUAUAAGCCUAUAGGCAUUCACAGUUAUUUGCACAGGCUGUAUUGUCCUAAGAAGCCUGAGAGAUGUCUUUGCUGACCUGAGCAUAUCUAGACCUGUUUCCUGCACAUGCAAAAAGAUGCUUCAGGUUUCAUUCAGAGCAAUGGUGGCAUCACCUUGUAAAGCUCUUCAGCAUUUUGCUGAAGGUAACAGCCACAGCAAAGCUACUACUCAGCCAUGGAAAAAAACAGCAGGAGCUGCUUGGGAUGUUGCAGAAUCAAAACCUGAAUCUUUAAUCCAUUUUCUUGUGGCUUGAGAUGCUUUCAAGUGAUUGUCUGAACCACAGAAAUAUUUCAGAAAAACUUCAAUGCAAAGACUGACACAUGGCCAUGGCUUUUGGGUUCUAGAUGUGACUGUCAUCAUGGAGAACUGGACCUGGCAUAAGAACUUGUUCUCACCUCAAAUAUUGACCAAUCUUUGAUGUUUUACUGUGUACUGCUCCAUGUAGUUGUCCUCCAUAUAGUUGUAUGUGCUCUGAAGAAACCCAAGCCUUGGGGAACAUAUGUAAUGAAAGCACCAAAUGACAGACACUUCUUCCCUAUUCUCUCUCUUGCUUUUUCAUGUAUAUUCACUAACUUUUGUCAAAAAAGACAAGCUAAAUGCAGUCUUUUAGCAGUUAAAUGCUAAAGUUAAAUCAAAGGCCCUGUGGUGACCGUACCAAAAUUAACACAGACAGCUCUGGAGCAGAUGUCACUCAUGGCUGAAGGCUAGAGUUUUUAAUCACCUGUAAGAGUAAAGCAGGGCUCAAGCUUUUUUUACUUUCCUACAGAGGUUGCAAGGUCUGUGCUAUGGAGAGGAGAGAAUAGUAGGAGGAACAUUCCCGCACCAUCUGCUCAUAGACAGUAGAAGCAUUGCUAGGCACAAAGCAUCCAGCUCAAUGAGAAAGGGAGACUCAAGGCAUCAGGCAAAUAUGAGCUGCCAAACUCAAGAGGCCUCUGCCUCCUCAAGGAGUAGGGGGAAAGCUCCAUCGGUGUUUUGUCAGCAGUUUGACUCCUUGUAAUAACACAAAUGAACUAAAAGACUCCCUCCGUCCUUCCUCCAGCUACCAACAGGCAGCAUAGAGAACAAUAUUGGCAGUCAUUCUGCACAGCCACAAGGUGGUAUAACGGGAUAAUUUGUUUGUACCCUAUGAAUCUGCAGUUUAUCUACCCCCUCACCGUGUCAGAAGCCUGCAGUGCUGCUACAGAAAUAACACAGACCACUGCUGAGCCCAGUGUGCUAAUGUUUUCUUAAUAUUAUACUACUCUAUAGGCUAUAGCUAUGAACUGCUGUGCAAAAGCAAUGAACCACUGAAUAUCAUUUCACUGUCAAGGAGCAAUGGGCAUAAGCUUGCAAUUUAGAAGUAUCUUUUUGGUUUUAAAUUGCAAUAAAAAAAAAAAAAAAGCCUACCCAAAUCCCCUAAAAAUAAUCCAAGUUCAAACAGCCAAAGCUGAUCAUCUCCAGCAUGUCUGUUACCAAAAAGAAAAAGAAAAAAAUUCUCACCCCUCCACCUUCUAUCCCAAUAACUCUAAGAAAAUUCAAUUUUGUCUUGGUAGAGAGGGGAUGUAACAGACGUACUGGUAUAUUACAGGUUGUUUACCCAUUACUCACCUCCUCGGGAAAUCUGUUAUUUUACAUUUUCUACGAAAACAUGAUUAUAUAUGUCUCUGUGUGUAGUUACAUCUUUCAGCAGCAGUGUCCUCAUGCAACAUACAGAGAUGGUAAAAGUACUAGAGUUCCUAUUGCAAUAUGCCAGGCUGUGCUUGUUUGGUAUGCACUGUUCCAAUUCAGUUUAAGAUGAAGUGAUUAAAACCUGCCCUAGUUUCCAGUGUAAAGGGAAACCUAACUUGUAGUACUAUUAAUGAAAUCAUCACCAUCAUGAAUAAGCAACGGGGAAAAGGCGGGGAGGGGGGCAUUCUUUUGUUUGUAAAUAAGCUACAGCUUCAUGGUCAAAAGCAUGCUGUUGCUUUUCCAACCUUGACGUUCUACUGUAGAAAGCAAGGAUGAACUUUUCUUACAAUUGGACUCUUUAUUCUAGCACAGAGUAAAUAACAUAUUGUACAUUCCCCAGAAGCUAAGUGGUGAAUAUCCCAUUACAUGGUGCUAAAAAUCAGUAUGAAGGUGGCAUAGACCUACUCAAGAGAAUUAAAAAAGAAAACCAAGCAUAUUUGAGGAAAAAUUAAAGAUGUACUACCCCACUUUUCUCUGUUACUUAACUAUGAAUAUAGUUGGUUUGUUUGGAUUAACAUGAAACUACUUAUAAAAGGUUUCUUGUCCUUACAGAAUCUAGGCAGACCCUAGUUUAUAGUAAAGUAUGUACUCUCACACUGUCCAAAGUUUAUACGAUUCUAUCUGCUAUUUCUAUUCUCUUGUUAGCUAUAAGUCAACUUACUGUUAUAAAUCUUAAUUACAAAGUUUCUAAUGUAAAGAUGUAAUCAAAGAUGUAAUCUUUUGAGCUCUCAAAUCAGAUAAAAUGGUAAAGUCACAAAUUCUGACAACCUCAGCCAUAAAAUU